AUGGCGGAGGGGCCCCGGGGCCCCCCGCCGCCGGGCUCGCCGCGCCCAGCCCCGCCGCUGCCCAACGGGCCCCGCGGCGGCGGCGGCGGCGGCGGCAGCCCCGGGUCGGGCUCGGGCAGCAGCAGCCGCGAGGACUCGGCGGAACGGAGCCCCGCGCCCGCCGCGCCCCGGGCCAGCAUCAUGAAGGAUGGGUCCCGGCAGCGGCCGCCGCAGAAGAAGAAGACGGUGUCCUUCAGCACCAUGCCCAACGACCGCAAGAUCAACAGCACGGCCGCCUGCAUCUCCUUCAUGCUGGAGGGCUGCGAGCUGAAGAAGGUGCGCUCCAACUCGCGCAUGUACAGCCGCUUCUUUGUGCUGGAUGCUGACAUGCGCUCCGUGCGCUGGGAGCCCUCCAAGAAGGACUCGGAGAAGGCCAAGAUCGAGAUCAAGUCGGUCAAAGAGGUGCGCGUGGGCAAGAAGACGCCUGUCCUGCGCAGCAAUGGCCUCUCCGACCAGUUCCCGGACGAGUGCGCCUUCUCCAUCAUCUAUGGAGACAACUACGAGUCCCUGGACCUGGUGGCCAGCUCGGCUGAUGUGGUGAGCGCCUGGGUGAUGGGGCUCCGGUACCUGGUGUCCUAUGGGAAGCACACCCCCGAGGCGCCCGGGACCGGCCACCCCAGCCUCCGGACGUCUUGGAUCUCGUCCGUCUUCGACCUCGCCGACCUGGAGAAGUCCGGCCGCAUCCCCGUAGCCCGCGCCGUGCAGCUGAUCAAGGCGCUCAACCCCGGCAUGAAGACCUCCACCAUCGAGCUGAAGUUCAAGGAGCUGCAGAAGGCCAGCGAGCGUGCCGGUGCCGAGGUGCCCUGCGACCUCUUCGUGGAGGCGUACUGCGAGCUCUGCACCCGCCCCGAGAUCUUCUUCCUGCUGGUGCAGUUCUCCAGCAACAAGGAGUACCUGGGUCUGAAGGACCUGCUCAUGUUCCUGGAGGUGGAGCAAGGCAUGGAGGGAGUGACGGAGGAGAAGUGCUUGGAGAUCGUUGGCAAGUACGAGCCCUCCAAGGAGGGCCGGGAGAAGGGCUACCUGGCCAUCGAUGGCUUCACACGCUACCUGCUCUCCGCCGACUGCUCCAUCUUCGACCCGCAGCACCGCAAGGUGUGCCAGGACAUGGCCCAGCCCCUCUCCCACUACUACAUCAGCUCUGCCCACAGCGCCUGCCUGCUGGAGGACAACUUCUGGGGCCGCUCAGACAUCAGCGGCUACAUCAGCGCCCUGGGCUUGGGCUGCCGCAGCAUCGAGCUGGUGCUGUGGGACGGCGCCGAGGGCGAGCCCGUGGUCUACACCAGCCCCUCGGCCACCUCCUGCGUGCCCUUCCGCGCCGUGGUGGGGCUGAUCGACCAGCACGCCUUCACCGCCUCUGCCUACCCGCUCAUCCUCUGCCUGGUGGUGCGGUGCUCAGCGCCCCAGCAGCGCCUGGCCGCGCAGUGCCUGCGCAAGACGCUGGGCGAGAAGCUGUACCUGGAGCCCCCCAACCCCGCUGCCUCCUACCUGCCCUCGCCGGAGCAGCUCAAGGGCCGCAUCCUCAUCAAGGGCAAGAAGCUGCCUCCCGUCUGCGAGGACAGCGAAGGGGAGGUGUCGGACGAGGAGGAAGGCCGGGAGCUGGCGCGGCGGCUGGGCCAGGAGGAGCGGGAGGUGCCGGACACGGCUGGCCCCCGGCGCCUGCGCCUCAGCCGCGAGCUCUCGGAGCUGGUGAGCCUGUGCCAGGCCGUCCCCUUCCAGGACUUCGAGAGCUCGCGGCGCGGGCAGCGGUACUGGGAGAUGUGCUCCUUCAGCGAGGUGGAGGCGGGACGCUUCGCCAACGAGUGCCCGGCCGAGCUGGUGAGCUACAACAAACGGUUCCUGUCCCGCGUCUACCCCAGCCCCAUGCGCAUCGACGCCAGCAACAUGAACCCGCAGGACUUCUGGAAGUGCGGCUGCCAGAUGGUGGCCAUGAACUACCAGACGCCGGGGCUCAUGAUGGACCUGAACGCGGGCUGGUUCCGGCAGAACGGCGCCUGCGGCUACGUCCUGCGCCCCGCCAUCAUGCGGGAGGAGGUCUCCUACUUCAGUGCCAAUGCCAAGGACUCCUUGCCCGGGGUGCCCGCGCAGCUCCUCCACCUCAAGGUCAUCAGCGGGCAGAACCUGCCCAAGCCCAAGGGCUCGGGGGCCAAGGGGGAGGUGGUGGAGCCCUACGUCUGCGCUGAGAUCCACGGCAUCCCGGCCGACUGCGCCGAGCACCGCACCAAGACGGCCCUGCAGAGCGGGGACAACCCCAUCUUUGACGAGAGCCUGGAGUUCCAGAUCAACCUGCCCGAGCUGGCUGUCCUGCGCUUCGUCGUGCUGGAUGAUGACUACAUCGGGGAUGAGUUCAUCGCCCAGUACACCAUCCCCUUCGAGUGCCUGCAGCCCGGCUACCGCCACGUCCCGCUCCAGUCCCUCGCGGGGGAGCCUCUGCCCCACGCCACCCUCUUCGUGCACGUGGCCAUCACCGACCGCCGCGGCGGGGGCAAGGGGCACCGGCGGGGGCUGUCGGGGCGCCGGGGCCGCCGGGUGCGGGAGUACACGUCCACCAAGGCCACCGGCAUCAAGGCCAUCGACGAGGUCUUCCGGACGGCGACGCAGCCGCUGCGGGAGGCCACCGACCUGCGGGAGAACGUGCAGAAUGCCCUGGUCUCCUUCAAGGAGCUGUGUGGUCUGACGCCUGCCGCCAACAUGAAGCAGUGCAUCCUGACGGUGGCCGCGUGGCUGCUGCACAGUGACAGCUCGCCCAGUGUCACCCUCAACCUGGCAGAGAAGUACCCCCCCAUGGAGGCCCAGGGCCCCAUCCCGGACCUGCUGCGCAAGGUCCUCACCGCCUACGAGACGAUGAUCCAGACCAGCCGGACGCUGAUCGAGUCGGCCGAUGCGGUGUACAGCAAGCUCAUCCAGGCACAGCAGGCAGGAAUGGACUUCCACAAGGAGCUGCACCGCAUCGAGGCCAAGGAGGGGCUGCGGGGCCGCAAGCUGCAGAAGGCGCUGGAGAGCUUCGCUUGGAACAUCACAGUGCUGAAGGGCCAGGCUGACCUCCUCAAGCACGCCAAGGCCGAGGCGCUGGACAACCUGUGGCAGAUCCACAACGCGGGACAGUCCUGCGGCAUCGGCAGGAACGGCUCGGCCUCACCGGAGCCCUCCCGGCUGCGCGCCCCGUUGGAGCCCAUCCCGGAGACAGAAGGAGGCGGUGAAGCGGCGUCCUGCUGACCCCGGCCUGGGGCUCGGGGGCCCGGACUGAGCACUCCCUGGCUGCAGGGACAAGGACCAGGGAGCCCCAUCCUGCCCGUAGACAGGCAGCUGCGUGCCUGCAGGCUCCGUGAGCGAAGGGACGCGUGUGGGGCUGUGCUCUGCCGUGCCGAAGGGCUGCGGUGGGGCCAAGGGGGAGGCUGGGGACGGAUGAGCCUGCUCCAGCUCUCUCCCUGGCCUGAGCUCCCGGGGCCUCCAUCCGCUUCCAGAGCGAGUGCCCUGCCGCAGGGCCGGCGGGGAUGCUGGCACCCCUGUGUGUGUGGACCCCCAGUCUGCCGUGCCAGACCCCUCUUGUGUUACAGCCCGGGGCUGGGCUUCUGCCCCCUCCAGGGCCAUGGGGUUUGCCUUCACCACCCCAAAGAUGGGUCCAGGCAGGAGUUGUGGCUUCUGGCAUCAGGGAAACAUCAGGGCUUAUUCCCUAGGGAGAGGGGGUCCUGGCACAAGCACUGUGCAGGGGGUGGUCUGGGGUCGGACUGGGGCUGUGGAGCAUUAUAAAGAGUGUGAGACCCACCAAGGUGCCCUGCUGCUCCCUCUGGGUGCCUGGUGCAGGGCUGAGGUGGGAUGCGGUUACUGAGGGGGAUGAAGGGUGGCACCAUUGCUCCCCAUCACCAGCCAUGCUCGGAGUGACGACUCCCCACGUCAAGGAGCCAUGCGGCUGCUCGGCACCCAUUUGUUCAGGAAGCUAAUUAGCCUAAUGGGGACCCAGGGAACAGACCCUUGUGCUGCUGCUGUCAGGAGCAGCCCAGCGCUGCCCUUCGGCCCCUUUGUGCCUGCCCGGCCAUGGGGCCCAUGGGCAAUUAUGGCCUCAUUAGUGCCAGGCGUCCCGGCAGCGCCAUGGCCCCUGAGCACCCGCACAAUGAGGAGCUGCAAAUGAGGGGAAAGGCCUGGCCGGUCUCCGGGCUACAGGCCCGUGUCUCCCAGAGACCGGCCGCAGCCGCCUGGCCCCGCCGGUAUUUUUGGCAUCACUAUUGUGCCGGGGCCUAUAAAGCGGCAGCUGUGGCGGUGGCACAGGGUGCUGUGCUCCCGGCUGCCCAGCGGGACAUGCCCAAGCGCUGCUCGGCCGCCUGAAGACCCCAGAAAGGAUGGAGGUGCCCAACACCAAGGUGGGGUGGGGUGUUGCAGCCCAUGGGACCAGGAGGGCAGCGAUGGGGGAGAGGUUGGGAUGUGGGGCUGGGGGUGUGAGGGGGCCUGGGCAAUUCCUCGGGAAGCUGGGAGCUCAAGGCUCCUCGCCAGGGCUCCCCAGCUGUGGCCAGUGGCCACUUGAGGGGCUCAGCCCUGCUUGGGCUCCUCAGGAGGGAGCUGGACGCGUGGUGCCUGUGGUGCCAAGUGUGGGUGCUCUGGCACUCGGCAGCAAGGGGAGGGUGUUGGCUGCGGCUGCCUUGUGCUGGUGAGGGCACCCACAUCAGGCUGCUGGUCACAGUGUGGUUGGGGUCCAUGGGUGCUGGGGAUGGGGGGGGGAUUGUGCUGCCGUGCACUGGGAGUGGGGUUGGGACCCUGCAGCAGCGCUGCAGUGACCAGGGCAGACAGGGCUGACACCGGUGGGCACGGCACGCUGCCCGGUGGUGCUGCUGCUGCCCUGCACUAACGCUGCCCAUCGC